AUGGCCGACGGCGGAGGCUGGAGCACGAUCGAGUCGGAUGAGGGCGUCUUCACCUCCCUGAUCGAGAAUCUCGGCGUCAAAGACGUUCAAUUCGAGGAACUCAUCUCCCUCGACGCAGACACAAUCCGCUCACUCAGCCCCGUCUACGGCGUCAUCUUCCUCUUCAAGUGGAUCCGCGAACCCCCCUCAACAAACACCACCCAACCCCUCGACGGCACCUACGUCACCUCCCUCCCCGAAAACCUCUUCUUCGCCGCCCAAACCAUCCAAAACGCCUGCGGCACCCAAGCCAUCCUCUCCGACUUCACAACUGGCUUCCCGCCAGACCUCCGCGGCGAGGCCCUCUCCAACUCGGAGACCAUCCGGACCGCGCAUAACGCCUUCGCGCGCGCCUCGCCCUUUGUCGAUGAGACCGUGCGCACGGCGCAGGACGAAGAGGCGGAUGUCUACCAUUUCAUUGCGUAUACGCCUGUCAACGGGGUGCUGUAUGAGCUUGAUGGGUUGCAGCCGUAUCCGAUUAGUCAUGGCGAGUGCGAUGCUGAGACGUUCCCCGAGAAGGUGAUCGAGGUUUUGCAGCGGCGUAUUGCGCGGUAUCCUGAGGGGGAGACGCGGUUUAAUCUUAUGGCAGUGGUGAGGGAUUUGAGGGUGCGCGCCCGGGAGACGGGGGAUGUGGAGCUGUUGGAGCGGGAGGCGAGGAAGAGGCGCGCGUGGGCGUGGGAGAAUACCCUGCGCCGGUGGAAUUUUGUUGGGUUCAUUGGGGAGAUGAUUAAGGGGGUGGUGGGGAUGAAGGAGAAGGAGGGGCCUGGGGCGUAUGACGCGUGGGUGGAGAAGGCGAAGCAGGAGACUCAGAAAAGAUUGUUGAGUCGGAGAGGUUGA